AUGGCAGAAAUCUCGGAGCUACAUGACUGGGUGGAUGGAGUAUUGAUGCCAGCGCUAGCGGAGGUGAAGUUCAGCUACCGAACAACAAACAAGCUAGUGAGCAAGAUCCUGGAGUUGCAUUUGUAUCUGUGCGACUUGCUUGCAAAGGCGGCCUCAAUCCUGUCGAUCUAUUGUUUGGUCCUGGGCCAUCAACUCGCUUCAAGCCAGCCUGCUCGACCAUCUUGA